AUGGAUGAUUACAUCGACACCAAUCACAUGACUCUGAUGAAAGAUACAAGCGAUGCUCCAGACAUCUACUUCAUUCUCCAUCAAGCGAUCGUUCGCCUUGAGAGCGUGACGACAAAACUCCGGGUUGUCUUUGACGCAUCAGCUAAAACAUCCAAUGGAGUUUCUCUCAAUGACAAACUGAUGACAGGACCAAACUUGCAGCAAGAUCUCUUCAAAAUAACAUUGAGAUUUAGGACUCAUGAGUAUGUUAUCACUGUUGACAUUGCGAAAAUGUUCAGGCAGAUACUCAUUCACCCAGAAGAUCGAUCGAUGCAGCUUAUUCUGUGGAGGAAGAGUUCAGAUGAGCUUUUGAACACCCAUCAACUGAAUACGGUGACGUACGGCACAGCAUGUGCACCAUUCCACGUCAUGCGGUGUCUUCAUGAGCUAGCAGUACAACACAGAUUAGAAUUUCCCCUGGCAUCCAAAGUCCUCGAGGAGGACUUCUACAUGGAUGACGUCCUAACAGGUGGAACGACACUUCAGGUAGUCAUCGAGUUACAGAAAGACUUGUCUGAGCUUUUGAUGAGAGGUCAAUUCCCACUUCAGCGUGCCCUUGGAGCAUGUUUAUACGCGGUCAGCACGGACCAUCAGAGUCGACAACAGUCUUAUCUCAUAUGCUCCAAGUCCAAGGUGGCACCUUGCAAAGUGAUCUCAGUGCCCAGGUUGGAGCUUGCGGCAGCAUUAUUACUCACACAGCUAUGUCAGACAAUCAAAGUAUUACUUCCUGAUAAAAUUGAUAAAAUGAGUCUUUGGAGGGAUAACACGAUUGUAUUGGGUUGGAUAAAGACAGAACCAAGUCUCUUGAAGACUUUUGUGGCUAACAGAGUUAGCAAAAUACAAGAACUGUCACAGAAUAUCACUUGGCAACACGUGCCAACUGAUGAAAAUUCAGCUGAUCCACUAUCACGAGGAGUGAGUAGUGAGGACUUGAAGCAUUACAGACUUUGGUGGCGAGGUCCAUUGUGGCUGGAAGAGCCAAAGCAACAUCCUACACGCCAGAGUGAGCCAGAAAGAGAUUUACCUGAGCUGAAGCAAGCUUCAGUCACCCUGGUAUGCACCUGGACGUCAGAACUACUCCAAAAGUAUUCAUCUUACCCGAAGCUAUGCAGAAUAAUUGCUUAUUGUUAUCGUUUUGGUUCCUCAUUGACUGGCAACAGGAAAACUGGUCCGUUGGGUAUUGAGGAAUUGCAAAAGGCUGAGACGACUGUCAUUAAGUGGGUUCAACAAGAGGCUUUUUCAACGGAGAUACGCUGCUUACAUGAGGAUCGUGAACUACCUCGUAAAAGCCCCCUGAGCUCAAUGCGUCAAUUCCUGGACCAGGAAGAUCUGAUUCGAGUUGGAGGAAGACUGAAUAAUUCUGCAAUGACAGACCAUCAGAAGCAUCCACUCAUAUUGCCUCCGAAGACUCACGUAACGAUACUUAUUAUGCGUGGAGAAUACCAAUGUCUUCGACACUGUCCUCCAGAGCAGCUGCUGCAUGCGGUACGUGAAAGGUUUUGGCCAGUGAGUGGAUGCAGAGAGGCGCAGAAGGUGGUGCGGAAGUGUGUGAAGUGCUUCCGGUUCAGACCUACGGUCCCUGAUGUCCUGAUGGGAGACCUUCCUGAAGAUUGUGUCAAAGGACAUUGUCAUCCAUUUUCAGUUACAGGUAUCGACUACGCAGGCCCAAUACAAGUCAGAGAGAGCAAACGUCGUGGCAGAAUUCACAUUUCAAAGGGAUAUGUAGCUGUUUUCGUUUGCUUCAGUACCAAGGCUGUCCAUCUGGAACUGGUCACCGAGUUGGCUACUGAGGCAUUCUUAGCAGCUUUGAGUCGUUUUACAGCACGAUGUGGGCUCUGUUCCCAGUUGUUCUCUGAUAAUGGGACUAAUUUCGUUGGAGCUUCAAGAGAAUUUGAAGAAGUUUACGAAUUCCUGAGCAGAGCAGAGCCUGAGAUUUCAACGGCCCUCUCCCAACGCCGCAUCGAAUGGAACUUCAUUCCUCCUCAUUCUCCUCCCUUCGGAGGUUUAUGGGAAGCCGCCGUCAAAGUGAUGAAGUGGCACCUGCACACCGUCACUCAAGGUCGAGUCCUCACAUUUGAGGAGUACAGCACAUUGCUCACUGAGAUCGAGGCGAUCUUGAAUUCAAAGCCAUUGACUCCCCUGACAAAUGAUCCAUCUGAUCUCUAA